UCCAGUCAAGAUUCUAGAUUCAGACAGGAUGGCAGUUUCAGACAGGAUUAGAGAUUUGGGCAGGAUUGGAGAUUCAAACAGGAUACCAGAUUCCCCUAAAUACAGACGCAUCAAGGAACAGGAUGAACUAGCAGCCACUUUCCACCCAGCAGACGUCCCCGAUAACAAAAAGUUCACCAAGACAGAAACACCCAAACCAGACUGCGUCACUAAAACAGACGGCGGGCAUUAUGACAGCGUGGACUACAACAGUCAGAUAGACUACCCACUGUACGAGGAGGAGGAAUAUAGCGACUACUACGACAGAAGCAAGACGUACGAUUACCAACGACAUCGGCAGCUGGUCAACAACGAUUACUCCAAUCCUGUUAUCAAGAAACCCAUGUAUAGCGGCGAUUUCAAAAAUGGCUACCAGCAAAAGGUUAAGCUGGGGAACGAUGACUACUAUGACCAGACUUUGAGACAAGGCGGUGAUUACCCGGCUGCAGAUUACGUCAUAGCGAAGGAGCAGCCGUCUGGAUCAAGGGAAGUAAUCGGACAGAAUAGCUACCAAGACUCGCAGCCCAGUCCACAUAAAAAGAUGAAUGGAUAUGCUCUGCCAGAGUUUACUUGUCCGUCUGUGUUUGGAAUUUACCCAGAUCCCAUUGACUGUCGCCAGUUUUACCAAUGCGUCUGGUUUGUGCCUUUCCAUCACAUGUGUGGUAUCGGCACUGUGUGGAACCAACAUAUGAAGAUCUGUGAUUGGCCAGGUUCAAACUCGUGUUUCACGUGAUGCUCAAAUAUGGCUGGAGCUUGAUUCGUCUGGACGCUAGAAAUGGCGCGAAAAUGUUUUCACUCGUCUGGACGCUAGAAAUGGCGCGAAAAUGUUUUCACUCGUCUGGACGCUAGAAAUGGCGCGAAAAUUUUCGAUUCGUCUGGAAGCUAGCAAUGGCGCGAAAACGUGGGGUGGUUUUGUACAGUUGACCUAUAUUGUUUGUACAUUUUGUUC